UCCCAGGGCUAGCGAAAAACAUUCAACACACCCCGACUUCAAUACCCAACCCUCAACCCGCCGGGCGGCUGGGCUGCUAUCGACAAUUGUUGGAUCAUGGAUGACCUCCAGAGGGAGUCCGUUCACAGUUCAGAGCCUUCCCUGCCAAGUUGCCAUGCACACAUUGCUCGCGUUGCCCGCAUGCAUUGCAUUACCGAGUCGACUCACGGCUUGGACAGGGGAUGUCUUACUCUACUCUACUAUGGAGCCGAUAAUGCUCCAUCGGUGUGGAAAUUUCUUCCUUGAGUUUCUUUGCUUUUUCUUGAUGGAUACUUCGAUGGAUAUUCCGGCUGGCUGUGGAACGCUGGGACUGGGGGCAAGGACAGGGCAUACAGGAACCUGGGACGAGACGCGUGGGAGUCGGAGGCGGAGGCGGAAAAGGAGCGAGGGUCGAGGGUCGGGGGUUGAGGAUCGGGGGUCGAGGGCCGGCAGAGGAAUGGAAGGGAAGGGAAGGGAAGGUAUGGGAAGGUAAGGGGAAGCUCUUAGCAGAAAGAGCUCGCUGCUCGGUGGGGGCUGGGUGAGAUUGCAAGGCUUGGGUUGGGUUGGGAAGUUGGGAAGUUGGGAGUUGGGAUCUG